AUGGUGCAGACAUCAUUGUACGAUUACGCAAACAAGAAAACGUCUUCAACUUCUUCAUCGAACGGAACAACAAGAAGAAGCUCUUCAAGUAGUAGUAAUAACAAUACUUCAUUACCAUCGGCUGUCGGAAGCGCUUCAUCAUCACGAAAGAAGGCUGCUGCUCCAAAACGAAAGAAAAAGGAUACUAGUGAUGAUGAGAAUGACGAAGAUUUUGAAUAUAGAGAUGAGGAGGAGGAAAAUGAAGAGGAGGACCAUCACGGAAUGUAUGAUGAUGAUGAAGACGAUGAAGAUCGUCCAAAGAAGAAAACCAAGAAAUCAUCAUCAUCGGGCAAGAAAAAAAGUAAAAAAUCAAAAGCCAACGAUUCCGAUGACGAAGAUGAUGGUGAAUAUGAAACGAACGGAGGUGUCAUUACUUCCAAAUAUUCGGGUGUUGAUAAAAAGUCCAAGGAUAAGAACGAUGAGAGAUUUACCUUCCUCACGAAUCGAAUGGAUGCUCAAAAGAGAUUGCCAUCAGACCCAGAUUUUGAUAAAUCCACAUUAUUUAUUUCAUCCACAGAUUUUUCCAAGUUGACUGGUUUUGAAAAACAAUAUUGGGAAAUCAAAAAGAAUCAUAUGGAUAAGGUUGUGUUGUUUAAGAAGGGAAAGUUUUAUGAACUGUAUGAAGAAGAUGCCGAUAUUGGUAAAAAAGAAUUCGAUUGGAAAAUGACUGAACGUGUGAACAUGAGAAUGGUCGGUAUACCAGAACAAUCUUUCAAAACGUAUGCAGCCAAGCUCAUUAACUUGGGAUAUACGAUCGUGCGAGUCGAACAAGUAGAAACCGCCAAUGAAAUGAAAGCAAGAAAGAAAGAAAAAGGAACAUCAAAAGAAUGUAUGCAAAGAGAAAUUUGUGAAAUUACAACACUCUCCACCAUUACAGAUCUGGACUAUUUUCCUGACUGCACUUCGAAAUAUUUAUUGUGCAUUAAGGAAGACGUGAUGCAUCACAGAUAUGGUGUCACAUUUAUGGACCUUUCUAUGGACACCUUUUACUUGGGAUACUUAGAGGACGAUAAUCACAGAACACAAUUCAGUACUCUUAUCUAUUCCAUCAAUCCAGCCGAAGUUAUCGUAGAGAGACAACAAUAUUCACCAUCAACAAAAAAAAUUAUUUCCAACCAGAAAACUGUUGUCACUGAGAAACGAGUAUCAACAGAUAUCAUGCCCAAAGAGUAUAAUUUGUAUCCUACCGCUGAAGCUACUAGAUAUUUUGUGGAACAAAAUGUGGAGUCUCUCUGCAAGGAUCCAAUUAUUGAGAAAUUCUGGGAUAAUGAUUUGGUGAUUGCUAGUUUUGGUGCUUGUAUUUAUUACCUGAAAUAUCUUCACAAAGAUGACGUUCUCUUUUCGAAUACGGCCAAAUUCUUCAGUUAUGAUGGAAAAGUUGACAAAGACCAUCUCAUUUUGGAUGGUCAAACACUCCUGAACCUUGAUAUCAAGAUUAGUUCAACAAAAGGCACCCGAGAAGGCAGUUUAUUGAGCUUCCUUGAUCACACCAAGACAGCUAUGGGAAAGAGAUUGUUAGAAAAUUGGCUUACAAGGCCUUCCAGAAAUGCGGCUGUCAUCAAUGAUAGAUAUGAUGCCAUAGAGGACGUACAGGGAGACGGCUUCCCUGAUCCUGAUGGUGUUCGUGAAAAACUGGGUGCCAUUAAAGACUUGGAACGAAUGUGCUCAUUCCUAUACAGAGAAUCUCGUAAAGUGAAGAAGGAAGUAUUCUUUGAUAACAGAGCCUCCAAGAGAAAGAUCAAAACUUAUCUUGACACGCUAGACAAUUUACGAAAAGGUCUGGAAAUUAUUCGAUCAUUACAAGAUUCUAUUGGCAACUUUAAAUCAAAUAUUUUACGACACUCUCUGAAUUUGGAAGCGGUCGAUGAAAUUGAUGCUGCAUUGGCAGAAUUUGAGAAUGAAUUUGAUCGAGAAAUGGCCCUGAGGGUGAAAUUAAGCCUAAUGCUGGUUUUGGAAAAGAUUAUGAUGAAAUGGAAGCUGAAAUACAAAACAUCAAUACGAAGGUGGAUGCAUUCCUUGCAGAAGUUAAAAAGAAAUAUGAUUCCAAGUCCAAAUUAUCCUCUCUUAAAACAACAAGUAGAGAAUGGCUCAUACAAAUUCCACCAUCAGUCACUGAUCUUCCUGAUGAGUUUGUGA